UGUUCCCGGCUUUCCUGAGCUCGCUGCUGCCGCUGCUGCUGCCGCCGCCGGUGCCGCUGAAGUCGCUGCCAUGUCCGGGCGCGGGAAGCAGGGCGGGAAGGCGCGCGCCAAGGCCAAGUCGCGCUCGUCGCGGGCCGGGCUGCAGUUCCCCGUGGGCCGCGUGCACCGGCUGCUGCGCAAGGGCAACUACGCGGAGCGCGUGGGCGCCGGCGCCCCGGUGUACCUGGCGGCCGUGCUGGAGUACCUGACGGCCGAGAUCCUGGAGCUGGCGGGCAACGCGGCCCGCGACAACAAGAAGACGCGCAUCAUCCCCCGCCACCUGCAGCUCGCCAUCCGCAACGACGAGGAGCUCAACAAGCUGCUGGGCAAGGUGACCAUCGCGCAGGGCGGCGUGCUGCCCAACAUCCAGGCCGUGCUGCUGCCCAAGAAGACCGACAGCCACAAGGCGAAAGCCAAGUAAAUGCUUUGUGUGGCUCAUCGUGAAACAAAGGCUCUUUUCAGAGCCGCCCACAUUCGUCAUAAAGGGUUGUGUCACUGCUGUUUUAGUUCUCUACUGAAAGGAGACUGAUUCGUAAGUUUGUAUUUAACUCUUUAAUUAUGCUCUUCUCUAUUUCCUUCUCCCUGUUCUUUGACCGAGACUAUUUACUGCU